ACCUCUCGCUUACAGAGCAAAUGCGCUACCGACUGAGCUAACCGACUAUCUGACAUUUUUCUACAUAAAAAUUGUUAAUAUCAAAUACCAAGGCUUUUUAAAGCUUGCAGAAUGUUGUAAGUUAACUUUUGAUUGGCUAGCGGAAAGAGCUAUAAAAUAAAUAGAUUGGCAACUUGAAAGGCAUAUAGAGCAAAUCUCGCCAACCUCCCGUGACAAAAGAACGAGAUCUCGUUACCGGAAGUGGCGCUUUCUCCACGCGCCAUUUUGUAUGCGAAAGCAAUUAUUCAUCGGUAAAAUAAUUAUCACCGUAUGACCACACUUCUUUCGAUGGCAAAAAAACCCUGUACUUCGUGUCUUAAGACCAUUUCUCAUUAAACUAAUUUUGUUUAAGAAGCUAACAUGUAUUUUAAAUGUAGUUUUAAAGGUACAAAUUGUAACUGCAUGCUCGCCGAUGUUUGUUUUUAGUAAGAUAACGCCGAAUCACGCUCUGACACGAGCUCACGCAAGAUUAAGGCAGUUGCCAUUCUGUGUAUUUUAUACUUCUUUGAUAUAAACAAGGGGUGGAACUGCUACCCCCCUUCCCCCUUUACAACCCCCAAAACCCUUAUGCAUAUUAAGUGUAUUCUAAAACCUAUUAAACAUCAUUAAAACAUCAUAACUAUUGACAAAAGUCAAUUAUAUGGACCAGCAAAUUUUUUAUACUCUUUAAAAAAUGCUAAUUACUAUAGUGUUAUUUCUAGAGCUCAAAAAGGGCAGGGUGCUGCCAAAAAGGGGCAGGGUGCUGUUUUAACAGGAAAGUUACCGUUGUUGUGUUUCGAUGUUAAUAGUUAUGUAUUCAUUACAUUUAUGAUUACUGUACACUUAUCAAAGAAUAAAGUGGUAAAAGGAAUUUAAGGCUUACAUGAAGAAAUCUUACAGGGCACUUUUCACGUGCUCGGUAAUCAGCUGGCCGCUUACGGGCAGUACAUUAAUUGGCGCCAUUUUGACAGUACACAGGAUCUUUAUUAAUUAGUUUUAACACUUCACUGAUUCUCGUUGCCUGUGUGCACUCGCCGUGACGUAAUUUGCUUAUAAAAAAUCGGCCAGGCAUGUCUACAGGAUAAAGGGCGGAAUUUAGCAGAAGAUCAAAGGUAGGAGGGCACAUUUUAAGGGCAGCGUGGUGGCAGUUAAAAAGGGCAGGGCAGGGCGCCCCGCUGCUUCGCUCUAGAAAUAACACUAUACUAUUAAAAAUUUAUUAAAUUCAUGAUCGUGUUUUUCUUGCGAAAAAAGGAUUAUACAUCCUUCUGUUUCCCAAAUCCUGAUACGUCCCUCUAUCUAUUAUUUGGUGAACAUGCGCAGUUGCGCACUGGUAAUUACUACCGGGGGUGGUUUCAGCCAAUCAUUGUUCGUCAUUAUUUGGCAAGCCGAAUUGAAACUUCAAACAACAUGAAAACGACCCUAAAAUCAGAGCAGUAAAGAAUGGAAGAAGUGCCUGAAGAAGAACUUGAAGAAAGUCACUUUGAACAAGUAAUAGUGAAACAAGAAGUGGUAGAUGAAGGAUAUAUGGUUGCAGUGACUGAUAAAGAAGUAUGCAACACUGUUGAACAUGUAACUGACAUUAGUAGCAUAGCCAGAUCAACUUUUUUGUCAGGUAAUAAUGACUUUGCUAUUGCUAAGUCAGAUCUAGACACUGAGACUCCUGCGGAAAAUGUAAAACAUGAAAUAGAAAUAGAAAAAACUGUUAGUGUUAAGACUGAACCAGAUGUGAAUGAGUCAAAUGAAACUCUAUUGAAUACUGCUGUAAAUGUUUCAUUGACUGAUGGUAAGAUAGAAGAGGAACAAUUAAUUGAAAAGGAUGUUGAAGAAGAGUUGCAUGAUGAUGCAAGUACAGCAUACUGGGAUCUUUUCAAAGACAGUGCUGAGAAGGAAGACCAGUGGACUGUGCAGGAAAAGAAGGGAUACAUGUGUGAAAUAUGUAAAAAGACGUUUACAAAAAAGAGUAGUUUAAGCAGUCAUGAAAUAACACAUACUGAAGAGAAGCCGUUCAAAUGCCAGUUCUGUGACAAAGGCUUCAAUGUACGAAGUAAUUUAAAUGUUCACCUGAGAAUACAUACAGGUCAGCGGCCACAUACAUGUGAAAUUUGUCAGAAAACAUUUCGCCAGUCAGGGUCUUUGAGAACGCACGAGAGAAUACACAAGGGAGAGAAACCUUACACAUGCAACCUGUGUACACGAUCCUUCAGAAGUAGUAGUGCUGUGAUUAUACAUCAGAGGACACAUACAGGAGAACGUCCCUUCCGAUGUGACAUAUGCUCAAGGUCAUUCACUACAUCGACGAGUUUAAAAACGCACCGUAUCACCCAUUCCGGAACAAUGCUGUAUGACUGCCCUCUCUGUGGGCGGCAGUUUAAUCGUAGAAACAACCUCAACGUUCACAUUAAAAGGCAUAAUAAGAAUCGCAAGUUCUCGUGUCCCCAGUGUAGCAAUGGUUUUGUCAUGAGAGCCCACCUUUCUGCGCACUUGAGGCGGGCCCAUAAGAUUAACAUCCCUGCGGACCAGUUAAACCAUUUCGAGGUCCUAGAUGAUGCAGAUGAUUGUAAUGUUGAAACAGAGCAAAAACUUGAACUGGAUGUAGAAAUGAAAACCGAAAAUGUGUGUGAUGAUUCAAAUGCACGUAAUAAUGAAAAUGAAGUUUUAGACAUAAAAGAUGAAAAUUGAAAGUUAGAUGUAGUAACAAAAUUGAAAAUGAGUACAUUGUAUGAAAGUUACAAAAAUGCUUGUUGAUAAUCAGAACCUUGCCUAGUAUUUAGAGUUUUCUUAUCUUGCCAUUAUUGUCAGCUUGUAGAUUGGGUGAUAUUCACGUAAUAUUUGCACAUUUUUCCACUCGCGAAUUCAAAAUAUUUGUGAGAAUUAAUCUUCAUCAUGUUGUUUACCGCAAAUCUCACAUUUUGCAAAUUUUGUACACUGUGCACGAGGACGAUAACCGUGUUAUUGCUAAAUAAAGCCUACAUGAAAAUGACCCAAUCUGAAUAUAAAACUCUUGCCAAUUGGAUAUUGUUUUUGCUUUUCAUGUUUCUAUGCAAGUAAUCUGAAUCAUUUGCUAUUGGUUUUUUGUCAAAUACCUAACAUUUUUUCAUUCUUGUUUCUUCAUUUCAAUGUGGCGUACAUCGCAAAGUUGAAUAAACAGUUGUAUUUUGCGUUAGGAAACGACAUCUGCUGUAUAGAAAAUGUAGCAGCUUCGCCUACUACUGAAUUUGAAUCGGAUGUUAAACACUUUUCAGUUCACACUCCUUUGUUAUGAUGUCUCACUAUUUCAACUAGAAAAUUCUUAGUUUCAAUUUCAUGACAUCACAGAUACUGACUUUAAACAGAUAAAAGGAUUUUAUUCUCUCCUCAGUUAUUGAGUGUUCUUGUCCUUUGUUGUAAACUUUUCCUUGGUGUAAUAAAGUACAACAGAACUUUCA